GGCGCAGGAGGCGAGGAGGGAAAGGGGACCGAGUCGCAGCCAGACAAAGCUUUUGAUUAAUGUCCAAGCGCUGCCUCGGCUGCUGCUCCUGCUCCUGCUCCUGCGAGGCUCCCAAGCUCUGCGCCGCACAAAGGGAGAGGAGAGCAAGGAGCCGGGGGCCACUCACUUCCUACAGGCUGGGCGCCUCUUCCUUCCUAGAAAGAGGACAUUUUUCAGGGCUGGGGGAAAGGAAGGAAGACCAAACAACUCUUCCCACUUCUUGGCGAGCUUGGGAGCGCCUGGGAAAGAGAGUCACACACAGAAAGAGAGAGAGAGCCAUAGAGGUCCAACCCGGCGAUGGAGCUGAAGGGGCUCUUUUGUUGUUGUUGCUGCCUUCUUUUCCCCUGAAUUUCCCUUUCUGCAUAAGAAGGAGAGAAGGAAAAAAGUGGGGAAGGCACAUCUUUGGUGGGGUGGGCAACCAUGACCGAAGAAAGCAAAGGAGAAGGUAAAGGAGAGGGCGGGAAAGACUUGGAGAAGCAGCUUCGCCUCCGAGUGUGCGUUUUGAAUGAGUUGCUGAAGACGGAGCGGGACUAUGUGUGCACUUUGGAGUUUUUGGUCUCGGCAUUCUUUCACAGAAUAAUGCAAUGUGCUGCCUCUAAAAUUGAUAAAAAUAUUACAGAGGAAACAGUUAAGACAUUGUUCUCAAAUAUCGAAGAUAUUCUUGAGGUGCACAAGGAUUUUCUGUCUGGUAUUGAAAAGUGUCUACAUCCUGAACCAACUGCCCAACAUGAAGUGGGAACCUGCUUUCUUCACUUUAAAGACAGAUUUCGUAUCUAUGAUGAAUAUUGUAGUAAUCACGAGAAGGCACAAAAACUUUUGCUUGAACUCAACAAAAUAAGAACAGUACGGACUUUUCUACUGAACUGCAUGCUGCUAGGAGGACGCAAGAAUACUGAUGUACCUUUAGAAGGUUAUUUAGUGACACCAAUCCAGAGAAUAUGCAAGUAUCCACUUCUUUUGAAGGAGUUGCUAAAGCGAACUCCCAAAAAGCACAGUGACUACCCUCUGCUAAUGGAUGCUCUCCAAACUAUGAAAGCUGUCUGCUCCAACAUUAAUGAGGCCAAGAGACAGAUGGAAAAAUUAGAGGUUUUAGAAGAAUGGCAGUCUCACAUUGAGGGAUGGGAGGGAUCUAACAUUACAGAUACAUGCACAGAAAUGCUCAUGUGUGGAGUUUUGCUGAAAAUCUCUGCAGGCAAUAUACAGGAACGAGUGUUUUUUCUCUUUGACAACCUUUUGGUCUAUUGCAAGAGGAAGCACAGACGACUGAAAAACAGCAAAACUUCCUCUGAAGGUCAUCGGUAUCUUUUCCGGGGCAGAAUAAACACUGAAGUGAUGGAAGUGGAGAAUGUAGAUGAUGGUACAGCUGACUAUCACAGCAGUGGCCACAUUGUUCUCAAUGGAUGGAAGAUACACAACACAGCAAAGAAUAAAUGGUUUGUCUGCAUGGCAAAAACCCCGGAAGAAAAACAGGAAUGGCUGGAAGCUAUUCUAAAAGAACGUGAAAGAAGAAAAGGGCUGAAACUAGGUAUGGAACAAGACACCUGGGUGAUGAUCUCAGAACAAGGAGAGAAACUUUAUAAAAUGAUGUGUAGACAAGGGAACUUGAUCAAAGACCGAAAGAGAAAAUUAACAACUUUUCCAAAAUGCUUUCUUGGAAGUGAGUUUGUGUCCUGGUUGUUAGAAACUGGAGAGAUUCACAGACCUGAAGAAGGUGUUCAUCUUGGUCAGGCUCUGCUGGAGAAUGGCAUUAUCCAUCAUGUUACUGACAAGCAUCAAUUUAAACCUGAACACAUGCUCUACAGAUUUCGGUAUGAUGAUGGCACAUACUACCCAAGAAGUGAAAUGCAGGAUGUAAUUUCCAAGGGUGUAAGAUUAUAUUGUCGUCUACACAGUCUAUUUACUCCUGUGGUAAGGGAUAAAGAUUACCAUCUACGAACCUACAAAUCUGUUGUCAUGGCUAAUAAAUUGAUAGACUGGCUAAUUGCACAGGGAGACUGCAGGACAAGAGAAGAAGCAAUGAUCUUUGGCAUAGCACUUUGUGACAAUGGAUUUAUGCACCAUGUGCUUGAAAAAAGUGAAUUCAAAGACGAACCACUCGUCUUUCGCUUUUUUGCGGAUGAAGAAAUGGAAGGUUCAAACAUGAAGCACAGGCUUAUGAAACAUGAUUUAAAAGUAGUGGAAAAUGUAAUUGCAAAAUCACUCCUGAUUAAAUCAACUGAAGAAAGCUAUGGCUUUGGUUUGGAAGACAAAAACAAAGUGCCAAUAAUUAAAAUAGUGGAGAAGGGAUCAAAUGCUGAGAUGGCAGGUCUGGAGGUUGGGAAAAAAAUCUUUGCCAUAAAUGGCGACCUUGUUUUUCUGAGACCCUUCAGCGAAGUGGAUAGCUUUCUGAAAGCAUGUUUAAGCAACAGAAAGCCCCUCAGGGUACUUGUGAGCACAAAACCCAGGGAGACAGUGAAGAUUCCUGAUUCUGUGGAUGGUCUUGGAUUCCAGAUACGAGGCUUUGGCCCUUCAGUUGUCCAUGCUGUUGGAAGAGGAACAGUUGCUGCUUCUGCUGGCCUUCACCCGGGACAAUGCAUCAUCAAAGUGAAUGGAAUUAAUGUCAGCAAAGAAACCCAUGCAAGUGUUAUUGCCCAUGUCACAGCUUGCAGGAAAUACAGACGCCCAAUGCAUCAAGAUUCUAUUCAGUGGGUAUAUAACAGCAUUGAAAGUGCUCAGGAAGAUCUGCAGAAAACAAAUUCCAAGCCUUUGGGAGAUGAUGGAGGAUAUGCGUUUGACUGCAAAGUAGAAGAAGUAAUUGACAAAUUUAAUACCAUGGCAAUAAUUGAUGGACGGAAGGACCAUGUCAGUUUAACUGUUGAUAAUGUUCAUCUGGAAUAUGGUGUCGUUUAUGAAUAUGACAGUACAGCUGGAAUAAAAUGUCAUGUUUUGGAAAAGAUGGUUGAACCAAAGGGCUUUUUCAGCUUGACUGCGAAGAUUCUGGAAGCACUUGCAAAAAGUGAUGAGGAAUUUGUGCAAAACUGUAACAGCCUAAAUAGUCUGAAUGAAGUAAUGCCUCCUGACAUACAAAGUAAAUUCAGCACUAUUUGCAAUGAGAAAAUGGAACACAUUUGUAGAAGGAUUACUAGUUACAAAAAGUUUUCACGGGUUUUAAAAAAUCGAGCUUGGCCUACCUUCAAGCAAGCCAAGUCAAAGAUUUCUCCACUACACAGCAGUGAUUUCUGUCCAACUAAUUGCCACAUCAAUGUGAUGGAAGUCUCAUAUCCUAAAACUUCAACAUCAGUUGGCAGUGCCUUUGGUGUUCAGUUGGAUAGCAGAAAACAUCUAUCACAUGAAAAAGAGAACAGAUAUACUGACCAAGGUAAACUGAAUCCCAUGGUUUAUGUACAACAUACAAUCACUACCAUGGCAGCUCCUUCAGGACACUCCUUAAGUCAGCAGGAUGGCCAUGGGUUGAGAUAUCUGUUAAAUGAAGAGGAUCUGGAAACACAAGAUGUCUAUCAGAAAUUGUUGUGCAAGUUGCAGGCUGCAUUAAAAGAGGUGGAAAACUGUGUUUCACAAAUAGAUGACCUCCUCUCUUCAAUAACAUAUUCACCAAGAUCGGAGCAUAAAACUCACGAACCAUUAACAUCUCCAGAUAGUGAUAAUGAAAAAGGAGAGCGCAAUGGGAAAAAGGUCUGUUUCAGUGUAACUGGUGAUGAGCAAGAAGAUUCUGGUCACGACACUAUUAGCAACAGGGAUUCAUAUAGUGACUGCAACAGCAACAGGAAUUCAAUUGCUUCUUUUACCAGUAUUUGCAGUAGUCAGUGCAGUUCUUACUUCCACAGUGAUGAAAUGGAUUCUGGUGACGAACUUCCUCUGAGUAUACGCAUUUCUCAUGACAAGCAGGACAAAUUACAUGGCUGUUUGGAGCAUCUUUUUGGUCAGGUAGAUUCAAUUAUUACUCUGCUGAAAGGACCAGCAGUAGCAAGAGCCUUUGAGCAGACCAAGUUCUUCACACCAGGUCGAAGUUUGCAAGAAUUUCAGCAGGAAAUUGAACUUAAACUCAGUUGUCCAAAGCGACUUAGACUUCAUAUCAAGCAAGACCCAUGGAAUCUUCCCAGUAGUGUUCAGAAUCUUUCUCAAAACAUCAGAAAGUUUGUUGAAGAGGUGAAAGCAAGGAUCCUUUUGGCACUUCUUGAAUAUACAGAUAGUGAGAUACAGCUCAGGAGAGACAUGGUUUUCUGCCAGAGUUUAGUGGCCACAGUUUGUGCUUUUUCAGAGCAACUAAUGGCUGCCUUAAAUCAGAUGUUUGAGAAUACCAAGGACUGUGAAAUGGAUACACAGGAGGCCAGCAGAAGAUGGCUAGAACAGAUAUCCAUUGCAGGUGUCCUCCUUUACUUCCAGUCACUGUUGUCACCAAAUCUGACUGAUGAACAAGCCAUGCUAGAAGACACAUUGGUGGCAUUGUUUGACCUGGAGAAAGUUACAUUUUAUUUUAAGCAAUCUGAACAAGAGCCUCUAGUUGCAAAUACGUCAAUUACAUAUCAAGCAGAAGGAAGUCGACAAGCCUUGAAAGUUUACUUUUAUCUUGAUAGUUAUAAUUUCAAACAGCUUCCUCAAAGAUUACAGGAUGGUGGAGGUUUUAAAAUUUACCCAGUCCUGUUUGCACAAGCACUGGAGAGCAUGGAAGGCUAUUAUUACAGAGACAAUGUGUCUGUAGAAGAAUUUCAAGCCCAGAUUAAUGCAGCUUCAUUGGAAAAAGUAAAACAGUAUAACCAGAAACUCAGGGCAUUCUACCUGGACAAGUCAAAUCUUCCACCAAAUUCAACAUCAAAAGCUGCUUAUAUAGAUAAGCUGAUGCGUCCCAUCAAUUCUCUGGAUGAACUUUAUCGGUUGAUGGUAUCUUUCAUAAGAUCUAAACGCACAGCAACCUGUGCUUACACAGCCUGUGGUGCAUCAGGAGUUGGGCUAUUGUCGGUUUCUUCAGAACUCUGUAGCCGACUUGGAGCUUGCCAUAUCAUCAUGUGCAAUAGUGGAGUACAUCGUUGUACUCUGAGUGUUACUCUGGAGCAGGCUAUAAUUCUUGCUCGGAGUCAUGGUCUACCUCCUCGUUAUAUUCUGCAAGCAACAGAUGUGAUGCGCAAACAGGGAGCAAGAGUGCAGAACACAGCCAAGAAUUUAGGAGUUAGGGACCGAACGCCGCCAUCUGCUCCGAGGUUGUACAAGCUGUGCCAACCACCACCUCCUGUUGGAGAGGAGUAAAGACCUCCAUCUGAGGAAUAAUCAAAAUGCCAGUUUCCAUGACACUGAAAAACGUGAACACAACAGUCUCUGACAGAAUGUGCUUUGAGUACUGAUCAGCUGUAUCGCUUAGCACUGGAUACUGCAAUCUUUUCGAAUUCAACUGUGCUACUGACAAACAAAUACUUUUGAGAGAGAAAGAAUAUCUGGAUGUAAGAUGCAUGCUCUGUGAUUUUAAACCUAGGGCACUUACACUAGAAUGAGCUGUAUUUUAAAUGACUACUUCAGAAACUCCAGUGCUGGUAAAAACAUGAACAGAAAGAUGAAGUGCAGACAGGGGAAAACAUUGUCAGAUAGUUUCAAAAACUGAUGCCUUCAUUUAGAGAGUCAUAAAGAAAUAAACAAUGUAACAUUUUUAUUGUAUAUUGUGGUACUUCCAUGUAUAAUACUUUCAUCCCCUAAUUACAUUCUCAUAUUUUAAAUUCUAAAUUUGAACUGCACUUGAAAUUAUCAUUUUUGUGAAGGAGCAGUUAACAUACUCAAAUGAGAGCCAAAUGUAUUCAUAAUAUAUGGGUGACAGUCUAAGAAGUUUAGUGAGUACUUUGCAUGACUUGGCACUAGUGACAUUCGGCACAAAGAGAUGAAGGAUUAGAAGUGACAGACUGAUACCGCUGAGUCAAAAUUCUAUUCAUUGUUCAUAAGACAUUGUUUAGUAACCCACAGAUGACACUGAUUUUUUCAUCAUGAGAGUAUGCUGACUGAGUUCGUAGAAAAUUCUGCUAAGAACAUACAUUCUUAGACAUUUUUGUAUUUCAAAGUUCUGGUAUACAUUUAUGUGUGAAUAUACAUAUUUUUAAGCAAGGAAAGUACCACCAGUGCCUAUGUAUUACAGUUGAAAAGUCUGUAUCUUUUGUUAAGCUAUCUAGAGAAUUACAUUAUAUCAUAUCCUUGGAAUUAAAACAGAUACACACCCUCACCCACCAAUGUUUUUUGACAGUCUUCUCAAUUUUACUUUAGAAAAUGAAACUGGAUUAAUGUUGCAAAGAAUCCUGGACCAUAGUAAACAAACAUAAGAGAAUAGCAUGACUAAUGUACAAAACAUCCAUCUAGCAAUUUUAAAAAAUCAAUUGUUUGUCAGAUAAUGGAAUUAAUACAAACAUAUGAACAGACCAACAAAGCAGUGUUGCCUUGGCUGACAUGUGUUAGAAACAGGAUCCCAGAAUGACAGUUCAGGAUUCUAGAUGUAGACAUAUCUGCUCUGGAGUCCCCCUAUACUCAGGAAGAGAUUUAGGGAGAGCUAUUCUACCCAUGGCUUACCUUCUGCUGGGAGGUGGGCAGCAUUACAUGCAACCUCAAAGAGGUCAGUUAUACGUUAAAAAUAUAGUCUAUCCAUAUUCUUACUAUGAUAGAAACGGGACGGUUUAUGUACGGUUUAUGUUACUUGAUCAAUUUUCUUUUAUCAUAGCUAAGAAGAAAUAUUAGGUUUUUUAAAUGUUCUAAUUCAUUAAUGCAACCAGGUUUGGGAUAUCUAUGUUACAGUAGCACUUUUAAAUGCAAAGUGGUUUGAAUGACACUGUGGAUUUAUAGCCCGGUAUGGAUCUAUGUAAUCUAUAUAUAGAAAAACCUAGAGUGCAUUUACACUGUGGAAAUAAUGCAGUUCAAGCCCACUUGAACUGCCUUGGCUCAAAGCUAUGGGAUUCUGGGAGUUGCAGCUUUACAAGGUCUUUAGCCUUCUCUUCCAAAGCCUCACCAAACUACAGCUCCCACGAUUCCAUAGCAUGGAGCCAGGGCACUUAAAGUGGUGUCAAGCUUCAUUAUUUCUACAGUGUAGAUAUCUCCUUCAUUUUGUGUGUGUGUCAGGAGUGACUUGAGAAACUGCAAGUCACUUCUGGUGUGAGAGAAUUGGCCGUCUGCAAGGACAUUGGCCAGGGGACGCCCUGAUGUUUGAUGUUUUUACCAUCCUUGUGGGAGGCUUCUCUCAUGGCCCCGCAUGUAGCUGGAGCUGAUAGAGGGAGCUCAUCCACGCUCUCCCCGGGUUGGAUUUGAACUGGCAACCUUCAGGUCAGCAACCCAACCUUCAAGUCAUCAGUCUUGCUGGCACAAGGGUUUAACCCACUGCGCCAUCGGGGGCUCCAUCUCCUUAGUGACAUGAGUGUGUCUUCUGUACUGGAUUAUGUUGAUGUGAUAUAUAUAGCAAGUAACGGAUCCUCUAAGUAUAAGUCAUUUACUGAACAAUAUAACCCCUAGUAUGUGCUUCUUUCAGGAUAUUAAACUUUGUUUAUGUUUAGGGGAGUAGCAUCAUUUUGAAAUGUAUAAUUGAUUCCAUUUUUUUACUGAAAAGUCAUAUUAAACAUAAUUUCUCAGACUACACGUAGAAAUGUUUUUAUGAAAGUAUUUACUUAUAAUUGAAACCCUGCCUUCUGGAGAUGGUGAAAUGCUGCUACAGUUCAAAAGCACAAUUCGGCAUACUCCAGUAGUGCCUGGAAUACAUUUCUACUUCAAUCAUUUUUCAGUACUGCUGACUGUGGUCAUAUCAUUAUUAUGCUAUAUUGCAUUUUCCACCAUUUAUAUAAACCAGUUUUUAAAUAUUAUAGCAACAAUAUAAGUAUUUAGCAUCAUGUAUAUAGUGUAAGAAAUCCAGUAAAUGUGUAUGUUCCUUGAUUAAAAGAAACGUCCGUUUUUCCUACUCUUUUUAUUCUAGUAUUACUAGAUUUUACAGAUGGAGAAUAUAUUUUUGUAAUUACCCAGUAAGAAGUCUAGAACAUUGCUGCUUUUUAAAAAAAGUAUACAGUAAAUAUGUGUGUAAAGAAAUCUACAAAGCAUAUUAGCAUUUUCUUCUAGAACUACCUUAUUUGUAACUACAUAUGUCAACAUUUGUUACAGGUAACAUUGAUGAAUAAAAAUGGAGUUACCAUUAAA